GAUGCGCCCAUGAACAAUUUGUAAACAUGUCAAAGUCGACGAUAAAUGAUUUUUAAAUGAACUUAAUAGUUAAAUAUACCAACGGGGUCGUCUAAGUCAGUUCGUGUGCAGACAUCUAUUUUUCAACUAUGGCAUGGAAAAUUCUUUUGGCGUCAACUUCACGAUCACCAUUGAUUAGAAGGCCUUUGAACUUCAAGAAGUUCGAUGUCAUCGAUUUUCACCGGUCAAUGACAUUAUGUCAUAAUUUCCAAAGGUUUGGGACAAGAAAAUUUUACCAGACCAUUACUAAACCAUUAACACGAAAUGCUGGAAAAACUUUUACAUCUAAAUCUGAUAUAUGUAGAGUGUUUUUAGGCCAUAGAAUUUCACAGCUGUACAGUAGAGAUCUCACACUAGUCAAAAAUACACUUAAGAAAUAUUCUGUUAAUAUAUUAUGUGGGGCAAGUCCAUUAGCGUUGUUAGGAAUUGGCACAGCAUGGUACUUGCGGAAGGAUAAUAUAGCACAGUGUAAAACUAAGAAGAGUAAUUCAAGACUUUUAGAUAAAAAAGAAGAUGACACGCCAGAUCCAGAUUUUGAUUGGCAAGAAUUUUUACAUAUGUUAUGGCCUGAAAUAUGGUAUUUAUUGGCGUCAGUGGCAAGUGCCCUGGCAGUGGCUUUAGUUAAUGUUAAAAUCCCAAUAAUGUUAGGAGAAAUUGUAAAUGUUAUUUCACAAUUUACCUCACAAACUGCCGAGUUAUUUAUGGAACAGAUUAAAGGACCUGCUUUACGACUAGUUGUUUUAUAUUCUGUCCAGGGUUUAUUAACAUUUUGUUAUAUAACAUUACUAUCUACUGUUGGAGAAAAUGUUUCUACCAGGAUGAGGAAACGUUUAUUUGAAUCUUUAAUAAAACAGGAUAUAGAAUUCUUUGAUAAAUAUAAAACAGGGGAGUUAAUAGAUAGGUUGACAUCUGAUGUUCAAGAUUUUAAAAGUUCAUUCAAGUUAUGUAUAUCUCAGGGUUUACGAGCUGUUACUCAGACAAUCGGCUGUGUAGCAACUCUAUUACUAAUAUCUGUUAAAUUAACAGGUAUAAUGCUAGCUGUCGUACCAGCCAUUAUUAUAGGCGGUUCAUUAAUAGGUUCAACUUUACGAAAAUUAUCAAAAGAUGCACAAACUCAGGUAGCCCAAUCAACAGCUGUGGCUGAUGAAGCUUUAGGUAAUGUCAGAACUGUCAGAGCUUUUGCAAUGGAGAAAAAAGAAAAUGAAUUAUAUGGUAGUGAAUUAAAUAAAGCUAGGAAGUUAAAUAUACAACUUGGUGUUGGUAUAGGUGUAUUUCAGGGUUUAGCCAAUAUAGCUUUAAAUGGUAUUGUAUUAGGAACUAUGUUUGCUGGUGGAUAUAUGAUGUCAUUACAUGAAUUAUCUGCUGGUGAUCUGAUGUCGUUUCUAGUAGCAACACAAACAAUAGAAAGAUCUUUAGCCCAUAUGUCUUUAUUAUUUGGACAAGUUGUAAAAGGGAUUAGUGCAGGUGCAAGAGUUUUUGAGUUUAUCAAUAGUGAAUCAAAGAUACCAUUAGAAGGUGGUAAAAUAAUACCAUUUCAUAGUCUCAAAGGUGAUAUACAGUUUAAAGAUGUUAAUUUUUCAUAUCCUACUCGGCCAGGACAGAUGAUAUUAAAGAAUUUUAGUUUAGAUGUAAAAGGUGGAAGAGUUUUGGCUCUUGUUGGUUUAUCUGGAGGAGGUAAAUCUACUGUAGCAGCAUUGUUAGAACGAUUCUAUGAUAUUGAUAAGGGGCAGAUAACUAUAGAUGGUCAAGAUAUACGUGAUUUAAAUCCAACAUGGUUGAGAGGUCGAGCUAUAGGUUUCAUUAAUCAGGAACCAGUUUUAUUUGCUACUUCAGUCAUGGAGAAUAUUAGAUAUGGUCGUCCAGAUGCUACAGAUAGUGAGGUUAUAGAGGCAGCGAAACAAGCCCAUGCUGAUGAUUUUAUUAAUACAUUUCCCAAUGGUUAUAGUACAGUACUAGGUGAACGAGGUGUAACAGUAUCAGGUGGACAGAAACAGAGAAUAGCUAUAGCCAGAGCUUUAAUCAAAAAUCCUUCUAUAUUAAUAUUAGAUGAAGCUACUAGUGCAUUAGAUGCUGAAUCAGAGAGAAUAGUUCAAGAAGCUUUAGAUAACGUAAUUAAAGGUCGCACAGUGUUAAUUAUAGCUCAUAGAUUGAGUACUAUACGAGAUGCUGACCUCAUAGCAGUAGUAACACAUGGUCAGAUUGUAGAGAUGGGUGAUCAUAAUACUUUAAAGCAGAAAAAAGGUUUAUACUGGGAACUCAUCAGACAACAAGAAAUAGAAGAAGAAAUCGAAGAAUUCAAAUAAUCUUAUUAUAGUUUAAUGUAGAAUUAGAACAGUUGUCAUUUGAAUAGCUUCAGGUAGGAUAAUACAUAGGACGACAAGCUCUUACUUACAUAUUGGAAUUAAAGUAUUAUUUUAAAUAACUGUAAAUAUAAGAAUUGACAGUCUAAUUAAAAUUGGAUCUUAAUUUCAUUCCUAGUUGGAUAGAUAUUUAUUAGUCAUCUGUUCUAUUUGAAAUCUGCUGUUUGCGAUUGUGAUUGGCUAAAUCCUUUUUGGCUAAAUACUUUAAGUAUAAAAAUUGAAUUAUUAAAUUUUCAAAAGUUUAUGGUUGAAUAUAUUUACAGUUUUGACUGCUACUGUCUAGUCGACCAAAUAAUCUUAAUUUUCAUUUAAAAUACACAUACUAACAUAUUGGGUAUUAUCAGUUGAUUUGAUUUUAUGGAAAUUCAACAUACAGUUUCAACCAUUAAAAAAGCCUAUAUUAACUUUUAUUAUUUAUUUUAGAAACUGUUGUAAGCUGUUGUCUGACUUGACAGUAGUUUUAUAUUCUGUUGUCUUUUUUGUAGUUUUAUAGACUACAAUUUUAACAGUAGUUUUGUAGACUGUCUUGAUAUAGGUUAUAUUAUACUCUGUUGUUUUGACAGAAGUUUAAUAUGGCAUUGUCUUGGCUGCAGUUUUAUAGAUUUGUCUUGUUUUGGCAGUGGUUUAUAGGCUGUUGUCUUGUCAUGACAUUUGUUUUAUAGGUUGCAGCAGUAUUGGCUGCUGUCUUGACAGUACUGUUUUCUUGACUGUAGUUGUAUGGGCUGUUGUCUAGACUGUGGUUUUAUAGGCUUUUGGCUUGACAGUAAUGUUCUAUAGAUUUGAAGAUACAUUAUGGGAGAUUAGAUAAAGAGCUGGCAGUUCUCACUAUAAUAGUUAAAAACUAGAUAAUGUAAAAGCAAUUUACUGAAAAUUUCAAUCAAAUUGAUCUACUAUGAACCGAGAAUUAAGCGAUUGAAAUUUCGGCCUAGCCUCGAUGAUCAUUACUAAAGUCGGCACGAUAAGAAACAUAGUCUCGAUAAUCCAUUUCAUGAUUAAAUCAUGAAUGGAAGUUGAGCAGCAAAUGGGAUCCUAAUCCAGUAAAUAUCGCAGGCUAGCGAUGACAUUGAGAGUUGAUUAUGGUCUGGAUAAUUUAAUUAAUGUCUAAUUAAUAAUUUAGAUAACAUUUCAGGCCUAAAGAAAGACCUGCAAUAGGCAGAUUUAUCUCUUGCAUAAUGUAUGUUUAAAUAGUUUUAUUGUGAUAUUUAUUAUGCAUUAUAUUCUAAUUUGAAUGAUGUAAAUGUUUUUAUUAUAUAAAUAAAUAGAGAAAUAUAAACUAUUUUUAU